AUGGCUGAGUGUGCCGUGGCUGAGUGUGCUGUGCCUGAGUGUGCUAUGGCUGAGUGUGCCAUGGCUGAGUGUGUUCUGGCUGAGUGUGCUGUGCCUGAGUGUGCCGUGGCUGAGUGUGCAGUGCCUGAGUGUGCCCUGGCUGAGUGUGCUAUGGCUGAGUGUGUCAUGGCUGAGUGUGCCAUGUCUGAGUGUGCUGUGCCUGAGUGUGCUAUGGCUGAGUGUGCCAUGGCUGAGUGUGUUCUGGCUGAGUGUGCUGUGCCUGAGUGUGCUGUGGCUGAGUGUGCCCUGGAUGAGUGUGCUGUGGCUGAGUGUUCCCUGGCUGAGUGUGCUGUGCCUGAGUGUGCUGUGGCUGAGUGUGCCCUGGCUGAGUGUGCCAUGGCUGAGUGUGCUGUGGAUGAGUGUGACCUGGCUGAGUGUGCUGUCCCUGAGGGUGCUGUGGUGAUCUUUCAGGUGCCGAGCUCUUGCUGGUUUUGUUGA